AAUUUUACAACACUAAUGUUUUGUCAUGGUUGACUGUUUUCCUGCCAUCACAGUGUCAGUAUGUCUGCAACAGUGCUGGCCAAGAACCAGCCAGAAGAUGCUCUCAAGAUCCAAGAGCUGUCACAGAGGAAGCUGCUCUCUCCUGAGGCUCAACACAUCUCGAACAUAUUGAAAAACUGCAUCAGUCAAGUUGAGACUGCAGCCACUCUUCCAGCUGUCCUCCUUAACAGUAUGUCUAGUGUUGUGGACAAGGAGUUGAGUAGGGCACUUCAGAAGCACCAAAUAUUGCAUGAAAGGCUGGAGUCGCUCAUGGGUCUCAAGCAGGAGUCAGGCGAGGGACAAGAAGAAGUUUGGGAAGCAAGGAUGAGAGCACAGGCUCAGCUUGAGACGGACAUCAAGAACUCUGUCAGGGAUCUGCUCAGGAUCAUCCAAGCCCGUCCACAUGCAGUAUGUGGCUUGAGGUCAGAGCCAGGUGUGGAAGUAGGGAAAGGUGAGAACAUACUAAUCAGAGGGCUCAAGAAGUUUCACAGCCAUGUGGAAGAAAAGCUGCUGCUCACCAAUCUGGAUGAGGAGGAGCUAGAGCUGAUUCUCCACAAGCAGGUGUCUUCAUCCUUUGCCCAGGAUCUGGAGCGCGUGGUUUCACUGGAAGAAGGAGUCGCAGCAGCCAUUAAGGAAAUAGAUGCAGAGAUUUCUCAGGCAAAUGCUGAUAUCAAAAAUUUGCAGAGUGCCCUGAAAGGGGACAACAGACAAGAAGAGGAUAUGCUGCUUCUCGCUGACAAGCAGUGUCAGAUACACAUCAAGUCAGCAAAGAUGAAGCACGCCAGUAUGCAACAGGACAUCAAUCAGCUGACCAGUCAGUUCAACAAUAUGAUCCUUGAAGACAGGCAGACAGAGAGAGUGAUCCAAGAGAAAAAUGAAAAAGUGGAAACAGAAAUUGAAUACUUGCUCCAAACCUUUGAUGAUGAAAUACAAAAAUACCAGGCCAACCUGGAGUUGGUUGAAAUGGAUUACGAAAGAAAUAUGGAGGAGCUGAGGAAGCUAGAGAAACCUUUUUCUGACCUAGAGGUGGAGUGCAACCAGAUCCUGGAAAAGCGUCGUCUGGCAGAGGAGAAGAGAAAGGAGGAUUUGAGGGAGCUAGAGUUAAAGACAAAAGCUGCUGUAAUGGCCCAAGCCUGGUGGAGAGGCUACAGCACUCGCAAAGCCUUAAAGAACAAGGGCAAAAGCAAGAAGGCCAAAAAAGGCAAAAGCAAGAAGAAUAAAUAA